AUGCAGUCUGGCGCUGCGUUUGGGCAGUCCUUUGGGGGGAGGCACCACGCGCCGCCGCGGGACUCCGAAAACAACCUUGUGAUGAACGAGAAUGACCUGAUGCAGACGUUCCUCUCCCGACGACGACGGAUGGAGGCGGCAUCGCGCCUCACCGAAGAGAUGAUGGCACAAGUUAGGUCCAUCGUCGAUACCGGUGAUAACGCGGCGUACAUGCUGUUGCUGGAGGACUUGACCACCGUGAACAGAUCGUCAUCGGACGCGAGAAAAGUGAGCGACGGUGCCAAAUUCAAGGAUGAUUUCAUGGUGAUGGGCAACCUGAACACCUCAAGCUCGCCUGAGGUCCUCCUGGAUCAAGAAAUGAACACCAAACUGAAGAGAAUUCGGGAUAUGCGGGUGGAGCAGCGAAAAGCGGCUGAGGAGCGAGUAAAACCAGCUUUCCAGAUAAGAGAGUCUGAGAUGGAGCUCAUUGAUCCACCCGAAAAAUUCACGUCGACGGCGCUCGCAUUCUCAAUGCAGGCUCUCGCGACAAGUGUUGCUAAGAUUAUUGAUGCAACGGACACCGUCUUGGGGCAUCUGGCGGAACUGGACAAGACGAUGACACCUCCUAUAUUUAAGGAAAUGAACAUCCUUACAGGGCACUCGCAGCACGCCUACCAGUGCUACGUGACGGCGCUUCAGCAUCUCAAACAGUACGAGACAUGUGAGAAGGCCCUUAUGGAGGGCACCUCACAAGAAUUGAGUAGUAUGCGAGAGCAAUUCUUGAUGUGGAAGGAAAUGCUAACUUCCCAAGAGCAGAAGCAAAAGGUCGCGGAAGAGCACCUUCAAGCGCUAAAACACCGACUGUCCGGUAUCGACGCACGAUGCCGUAUGUGGACCAGUGUUCUGCUUGAUGCUGCAGUACCACCGCCGUUGCCUUUUUUGCUUAUGGGCGCUGCCAACGCCAACGCCAGCCGCAUUUCUAUUUCACAGGGACGCGAUUCUCUGCUGCAACCCCUCUCCGCCAGCCUGCAUCGGGUCACUAGCGGGACGCGGCGUAUGAGCAUCAUUGGAGUCACCCUACCGAGGCGUGUGUCCAGUGCUCGUCAGCAGACACCAGUGCUGGCGGAGAGCAUCAUCUCCUCCUCGUCCUCAUCCUCCCUGCCUGAUGAGUUGGAGAGCCGCGUGGACGCAAUGGAGAUACGAGUAGCGCGCUUCUGGAGCAACCCGUACGUUGUGAAAGCCCAGUUGUGCGCGGAGCGGCUGCGCCGACGGCGGCACCGGCAGACGGUGCAGUGCUCGCCACUACCGGACGCCGCCGUUCCUCCACUGCUAUCCCGCAAAGAGUCGAUGCAGUGGAUUGGGUCGUCGCUAUGGCACUCGGGCGAGACGCACCGCCUGUCUCGGGUGGACCCAUUGCAGAAGGGUGCCGGAGGCGAGCUGGGUGGCGGCGGCAGCGGCAAGGCGGUGGCGGAUGUGCGUCUCAUUGCGUUGCUGCGGAGUUUGCAGCGCCUGGCGUCGCACCCCUCCACNAUGAACACGGCGCUUGCGGCGGAAGAGACGAACAAUGCCAGCAGCAACGCUAACAACAACACCGAAACUAACACCAACAACCUCCACAACAGCGCCACCAGCAGCAAUACCAACACUAACAGUCUGAAGUGCACAGAGGAGGAGAGUGGGGCGGUAGCGGGGCCGGGUGACGGUGCUUCGCACUGCAAUGGCAGUGCCAGUGCCGGGAGCUCAUUCGCUUACGGGGAUGCGCAAUCAGCUGCCGAUGUGGUCACUGGGGCGUCCCUCGGCUUGGUGGAUAGCAUCAGGAAGCUUCUGAAGUAUCUGGACGAGACUCAUGUAACUGCGCCAUGA